CUUCAGUUAUUCAAAGCUCGGCUCGUAGUCUACACGUGUCGCGUUCACAACAAAAACAAUGUUCGAUUUAAUAAAUUAAAACACAUGUCAUUAUCCUUGGCUCCGAGAAUGUCGAAAUUUUUUGGAUUAUUGUUUAUUGUUGGCACAGCUUCCGCUACACAAACACAACAGCCUGUUUUACUCACAACUCUCAUAAACAGCAACCGGAUUGAAGAAGCAAGACGUCUGUCAUCCGUGAAUCGCUCUAUAGCCCUCGAGUACGAAAGCUAUUCUGGAUUCUUAACAGUAAAUAAACAGUACAACUCCAAUACGUUCUUCUGGUAUUUCCCGGUGCGGAAUAAACCAAAGGAUUCGACCCCGUGGAUUAUAUGGCUUCAAGGAGGACCUGGGGCAAGUAGUUUGGCGGGUUUGUUUGACGAAAUCGGUCCGUUCUCGUACAAUAAGAAAAAUGACACUAUUGAAGAACGCGAAUGGACUUGGUUGAAAGGAUAUUCGAUGUUGUUCAUCGACAACCCUGUCGGCGCUGGCUUCAGCUUCACAGACAGUAACGAUGGCUUCGUUAAAAAUAUGGAUGAGUGCGCUUCGGAUCUGUACACAGCUUUGAAACAAUUCCUGAUAAUAUUCCCCGAAUUACGCACGGCACCACUGUACAUUGCCGGUGAGUCGUACGCCGGGCGAUACAUUCCACCUUUUGCCAUGAAAUUGGCGGAGCAAGACCUCAACAUUGGCACCUUUGAAGUCAAUCUUCAGGGAAUAAUAAUGGGAAAUCCAGUGGUGGAUCGUUACAGUGUUGCCAAUUAUACUUCCACGUUCCAGCAGUGGGGUCUAAUAGACACGCAAGGAGCUAUGUCAGUUAAAUCUCUCCAAGAUCAAUACAUUAAAGCCAUAUUGGACGGUGACGCGAGUGCUGCUUACGAUUUACGCGACCAGUUGCUGUACAAACUGACUAAAAUUACAUUACAAAACCAAUUUUUUAAUGUACUAAAAAGCAAUAAAGAUCUUACGCUGUCUGAAUUCGCGGCUUAUCUACAAAAGAGUACAGUAAAAGAGGCACUCCACGUUGGAGACACAGAUUUCUCCUUCAUCAACACUACUGUAGACCUCGAGUUGAAGUCAGAUUUCUUAACUGAUAUUGGAGGUACAGUCACAAAGUUAUUAGAGCAUUGCAAGGUAUUAAUAUACUGCGGACAACUUGACUUGACCGCACCAUGUGUACAGAGCGCCCAAUAUCGCAGACGCUAUUGGCAGUGGAAUAAAAAAGAACUUUUUCUUAGAGCGCCCAGAAGACCCUGGUUGCACAAGAAUGUAGUAGCCGGGUACACCAAAAGUGGGGGUGGUUUUACAGAAGUUUUGGUGAAAGGAGCGGGUCAUCUUGUACCCAUAGACAAACCAGAGGAACUAUACGAAUUAAUCAGCUGGUUUGUGUCAAGCCGAGAAUUACUGCCAUCUUCCGAUUUCGACUCAGCUUCAGAAUAUGUUCCUGAUUUAGAUAAAUCGUAUUUUAGUUCUACGUCACCAUCAGCAGAAUCUGCAUUGGGACCACAACUCGUUGGUUUAAUAAUUAGUAUUAUUAUUAAUUUUAUUCUAGUCAUCAGUAUAGUUGUUGCAUCGGUGUACUUUUUGCGCCGUAGAAGAGAAAUAGCGGCUUAUUUUUAUAACAACGUUGACGAAACAUCAAUAUCUCAAUCGUUUAAUAUGACAUAGUUGUUGAUCUUGGGAAUCACCUUUUUAUCAAAAUUGUGAUGAAUUAACAGCGUUAAAAGUGUCAGUAAAUUAAUUAUUGUAUGUAACGUGUCUUCACCAAAGUAGCUUACUCGGAAUAAUUUUUCAAAAACGUGUAGUAAAUUGCUUGUGUUGUUUUUUUUAAAAUAGUUUUAUAAGCUUACCUGUAUCGUGUCUAUUUAUUUAAUGCCAUGGAAUGUUUCAACGUAAUUUCACAAUAUAUCAAGACAAUAGAUAUCAAUAAACGAGGACAAUACAUUAAUUUCAUAACUUAAGCCUGAUGACACCUUGACCAGGAACGCGAAAUAAAAAAAAAGCUAGCUAGGUUCGGUUUAUUGUUGAAGUGUGUUUUCUUAACUUUGAAUUCUAUAUUUAUUACUAUUAUUAGCUUAGGUAGCUAGAUCAGCACACGGUCAACUCAGUCUUACAAAAUCGGCAGAAUCCAAAGAUACCCCAAUGUAAAAUGGAAGAAGCUGGAACCCACUGUGAAACAUGAGGUCUGAAGUGUGAAAUAAUUAAAUAUAACGAUGUUCUUUUUAAAUCGCAAAGCAUUAAUGCCUUGCAGCGGCACCGCUAUUAAAUAUUACUCAUUAUAAAUUGGCUCUAAUGUGAUGAUAUUGAGACGACAAGAUGACAAGGACGAUAGGGAUGGAAAACUAAAUAAAGCCUCACUUCUGUUUAUUUUCUACUACCAGCAAGGGAAUUAUGUUGCAAAAGACCCAAAUGCUAUGGUAGCUUUUCUAUUUUAACAUACUUACGUUUUUAAUCAUAGGUUCAAGUACAUGUUCCUACAAACUUUUUAAAAGUUUCUUUACCCGACUUUUACACGACGAAGAUAUUUUACAUUUAAAACUAGUAACUGAGAAAAAAAUAGAAUAAAAAAAAAAAACCUGCACAACAGUUUCAAUUGGGACUUCAUUUUUUGAUUUUUUCUAUUUAUAGAAUUAAAUUAUAUGGAGAUUGUUUGUAGUUCCUGUACUGUGCAAUUAAUAUUAUUAGAAAACUUGAUUGUUAAAAAAAUGGUCACGAAAAUACUUACCUGCGUAUUUUCAGGUUAUUUUUUGUUAUUAUGUGUGUGUUGAUUUUUCAAAAAAGUUGUAUAGAACCAGAAAAAUAGUCUAUGUUUUAUUUAAUAAUAAUAUUGACUUUGUAACUAUUAAUAAAUUUUUGAUAUUCUCGUAGAAA